CUCCAUGUCAAACUCGCAAGCAACCAACGCCUAUUUGGUAGAGCUGGAACAAACCCAACUUGCCCUUAAUCACAUUCUCCAGCACUAUGACGGAUUUCGUCAUGCCCUCAUGACAUCCAACAAACCUACAAAGCCAUUUGUAGUCGGUUUCUCAGGAUGUCAAGGAAGUGGGAAAACAACUACUUGCGAGACCCUGGCAUCCAUUCUUCGCGAAGAGCCCUAUAACCUGUCGGUUGUUGUAUUCUCUUUGGACGACCUUUAUCUGACGAGAAAAGACCAAGUAGAGCUAGUGAACAGUCAUCCUGGGAAUAGGCUUCUCGAGCUUCGUGGGCAAUUUGGCUCACACGAUCUCGAGCUCGCCAAACAAGUGUUUGCGGAUCUUCUUGAUGCACACCACAAAUAUCUAGAAUCGCCAACAUCAGCUCCGACAGUGGCCAUCCCAAGAUACGAUAAGUCACUUCACCAAGGUCGGGGUGAUCGUCUGGACAAAUCUGAAUGGACCAAAGUUGCAGCACCAUACGAUAUCAUCAUUUUUGAAGGCUGGUCUCUUGGAUUUAAGCAUUUACCAGACUCCAUCUUGCAAGAGGUGUACGACAUCACUCCUCAAGCUACAAAAUUCAGCUUCGAUGAAGUAUCUAGCAUCAACUCCAACUUGAAGGCUUAUGAAGAUGCUAUUUAUCCCUAUUUCGACAUCUUUUGUCACAUGGCUCCUACAUCACUCGAGAAUGUUUAUCAAUGGCGAUUGGAACAAGAGCACAAUAUGAUCAAAACGCGAGGAGUUCAGGGCAUGUCUGACGAGCAAGUUACAGCAUUCGUCGAUACGUAUAUGCCUGCAUAUGGUUUGUUUAUGCCUAGACUGGAACGCUACGGCUUCUAUGAACCGAAUUCGGAUGCGCCAAAGUCAUAUGAAGGAUCUGUUCGCGCAGACGGAGGAUAUUCUGCGCCACUAAGACACCUCAAAAUCGUCAUUGAUCUCAAGCGAAAAGUCGUCAGCUCUAGUAGGAAGGAUGUAGCCGAUGGAUGGAUCCCAUACAACGCACCAUACUAUCACAACAUUAGAAAUUCUCCAUAUGUAUCAUCGUUCGUGUUUAAAAGGAGAAGCUUACAAAAUUUUACAGCUGUGUUUACAGUCUCUGUGAGUAUAAUUGCCAUUGCCUAUCACUACCGGCGAAAUUUACUUGCUUUGGUGGCCAAAUGCCGAAGAUGAAGUAAGUAGUCGCCAAACCUUUAUGACUCAGCAAAAUCACUCUCGCAUUUUUUUUUCUUAUACCAUACAUUCUUAAUAAAAGUUGCUCUGUUAUGCCCAACUUUGAUGUAUUAAUUGACGCGUAGAUUUUGGACAAA